GUGACCAAUCGGUGCGGAGGGAGCACUGACACGCUAUUUAAAUAUCCUGGAACGGGGAGGGGAGCUGUUGGGCGGUCUGGAUUCGCCAGUUGGGAGUUUCGGCUUCGCGUCCUAGUGAACCAUGGGCAGCCCUGAGGAGAGAGAAUGGGUUGAUGUCGCCAAUGAUCUUCUUAUGAAAUGUCAUAUAAAUCUGCAUGUGACAAAGCUCACAGAAUGUGGUGCUAAUGUAUUUGUUGGACUUUAUGAGUCAAUCUUGGGAGAAAAAGUACCAGAUUUCAUAGCCUCUCCCAAAAGCCAAGAGGAUGAUGCACAUAAUGUGCAAGCAGUAAUAGAUUCUCUGGCAUUGGACUACUUGCAGGUCAGCUUGUCUCACAUCACUGGAGAGAACGUUGUGAAAGGAGAGAGAGAAUCUAUCCGAAAUCUGUUAGAAAUAUUUGAUGGCCUGCUUGAAUAUCUUACAGAACAAAUCAGUGAAACGUCUUCUCGGAAUGGGGAUGAACCUGACCAGCUAGCUAACAAUGAAAUUCAAAGGGCGCUUCAAGAGCAGCUGGAAGGUGACCUGGAGGAACCUGUACCACCUCUGAAACUUCCAUCAGUUGCCGAGUCUUCCCAGUCAGAUAUUUUUGUCCCAUCUUGGGAGGUAGAAGGAUCAGAAUCUACUAGUGAAUUAAUCAGGCUUGGGGACACUGCGCAUUCAUUUUCCCUAAGAAAGGAAGAGUUCCAGCUCCCUGAAAUGUUGCCGGCAGAGAGAGAGAGGCCUAAGGAGAUCAAGGAACCUGAAGACUCUGGGGCUACUGUGGCAUCAUCUAGUCAGCUUUCCAGCAGCAGAAGAGCACUUGUAAAAGAGAGGGAAGGAUCAAUGGAUUCUGUUAAUUCCACUGAAUUUCUCAAAGAGAGUUUGAGUUCCAGUGCUAAAAAGCUUGGGGAGCCCAUACGCCCAGCUAUUCCUUUGCAACCGCCAUAUCAGCCUCCUGAACCCAGGCCUCAUUAUUCAAUGGGACGGGAAUACCAAAGCUCAGCCAGACAGUCCCCAGGUUUGGCUAACAGUCAUGGACUUGAAGCUUCUGUUUUUACAGAACCACUUAGACAGGAGUCAACUGCUUCUGAUAGUGUUCCUCUGUCAAGACUCGCCCCUGUUUCUCCAGUUGGAGAUAAGGCGGUGUCAAAAGAUGAGCGAAACGGCACAGAUGAUGUGGUUAAGGCUCUUGAUGUGGAUGCCUCACAUACAUCAACUACCUGCUUACACCAAGACAUCUCACCAGACACUGACCAGGUAAUAUCAGUAGCACGAAUCACAAAACCUGAAACAAGAAGUCCGUCUAGUGGAAAAAGCAGAUAUGAAAAUUUUAUCACAAAUUCAUUUGGAGAGGAGCCGCUUUCCUGCAGAAGGGUAAAGGAUAAAUUAUCUGAGCAAGAGCUGCAUGAAAUGUCAGAAAAACUCUCUCGCAGGUUAAAUGAACUAGAUUUAAUGUUAAAGAGAGCUUUGGGUGAGCAUCCCAGGGAAGAGAUGUUGACAGAUGAAGAUAAACUGUCUCAGCACAGUGACAGUGUAAUGGAUUAUCGGGGAAGGAAACCUCACCAAGCCACCCCACAUCCAAAAAGAUUUCUUAGCAGACCACGGUCCCUUUCUCCAUCCCCACCCUCAUCCAGGUAUCUACCUCGCUCUGAGUUUGAAGAUGCACUUCAGAGAGAUGGCAGAGGCCAGAUGGGGAAAAUGCGCAGGCAAUUGCAAAAGGAAAUGGACCAGAGAAGAAUAAAAGCAAAGCUAAUGACUAAAGCCUAUGAAGAGGAAUUAAGAAUUUUUGAAGCUAGAGAGAGACUGGGCCUCUCCAAGCUAAAAGCAAAAGCCAGGGAAACGGAACAAGAAUACCAAGAAAACAUCUUUAAAGAACCUCCAAAAAUGCCUCGGCCAGUGAAAGUUUAUUCUGGAAAAACCACACCUCGGAUUCCCAAACAGAGCCAGUGGAUUCCAAGAGGAGGGCUUGCAAAGCCAAAGAAAGCAGCUCAGAUGAAAGUAAAGGACAAUGACCUCCUGCCUCUGCUACUGGAAGAGUUUCCAUACCUGCACAUUUCCCACCACUCUUUGAACAAAAUGUGGCAACAGCAGCUUGCACAGAUGGAACAACUGAAGUCUGCUUCUGGCAAAGAUAGAUCAAGACUGAAACUCCAAAGUGAAGUGGAAGAAGCACUGAAGAAGCACGACCUCCUUGUUGACAUCAUAAAGAAAGAUCAAGACCAUAACAAGAGACUGCAAGAGUUUAAGCAACGCAUAUAUCGGCAGAAGUUUGCUCAGAAUAAAAUGAGAGAGAAACGUCAGCAAAUUGCUCGAGCCAAGAAGUACUAUGAGGAUUACCGCGUUCAGCUGCGCGCAAAAAUGAUGCGGGCUAGGACAAGGGAAGAAAGGAUAUUUAAGAAUCUAUUUGAAGAAGGCUUAGAAAUUCAGAAGCAAAGACUGCAGGAGCUGAGAACCUAUAGUAAAGAAAAGCGUGCUGAGCAAAGAAGAGUACACCAGGAUGAACUGGAGUCCAUGGAGAACUACUACAAGGAUCAGUUUUCAAUGCUGGCAGAAGCUGUAUCACAAGAACGUCAAGAAAUCCAAGCCCGAGAGAAAGCACAAGUAAAAACACUGCACAAAACAAAAAGGGAGUUAAGAUCAAAGAUGGAAAAGGAUAUACAGCAGCUGCAGACUAUGAUAACUCAAAAUGAUGACGACUCCUUCUUCCAAGAGCUGGAAGCAGAACGACUAAAAUCCAGACUUCAAAUGGCUUCUUUUCAGUAUAGCAAAAACUAUUUCUUGUAAGACAUACUGACUAUUAAAUAUCAGUGCAGAUUUUAUGUCUGGCUAAGAUACUGUUAAGGGUAUGUUUGGGAAUUGCCACAACCAGAAGGUGGUGGCUGGUUGUUCUGUAAAUGUCUGUCUGGCUUACACUGUGAAAGGCAUAGUGUUAUAGAUGUGUCAGUAACUAGGACUUGAGUAUUUUUAACAUAACUUUAUUAAAGUUAAUUUAGAUGAUUGUUUAAACUUAAUAAAGGACCAUUAGACUAUUUCAAGCUACCAUUGAGCCUUCAGGUCAAAGUUUUUAACCCAAGUAUUGCUGAAGAACAUAAUCUGACCUACCUGUGUAUUGUACUUAGUACUCUCAACUUUCUAAAGGGCUGAAUAUGAAAACUCCUCCAGAUCAGUGCUACAUUUGGGCAUUUUAGGCUGAAUCAAUGCCUUCUGAAAACUUGUGACUGCAAAGUAUAAUGAUACUAGAAAUAUGGAGGCAGCUCUUAAAGCACUCCUUGCUCAAAUUCCUUGUGAGAGAGCAGGUCAGAAUAAGGGUUUCACUUAACCUUUGACAUACAAAUAAAUUUCAUGUACGGGGGGGGAGAAGCACUUCAUCACACUGUACACGGUGCUUAUAGGAUACAUUUACAUAUGAUUUAACCAGGAAUAUAUUGUUGUAGGGUUAUGACUCUUAAUAGCUAGUACUAAGUGAGAUUGAGGACAUGAUUGGGCACAAGUACUUUAACUACUUUAAGAAUAAGAUAACAAGCUUGUUUAAUCACUCACACUUCAAAAUUUAGAACACUUUUUGCUAAAGAAAAUAAGUGGUAGAAGAACUUGCAGGCUUUUAAUUACUUCCUAGAGAGAGCACAUUAGUUUUACAGGGGUUCUCUAUGCAAUUUAUUGCAGCAAUCUGCUGCUAGUAGGUGGUACUUAUUCCCACCAUGAAGGUAGGUUAUAUCUACACUGGUCAAACCAGGUUAGUAUUUGCACUUGGUUGAGGUAGACUGUAAACAAGCUAGUUUACUUCACUGAGCUACUUGGAAACAUAAUGCAAGCAUUUAGACCUAAAACCAACUUAUCUUGUUACUCUAACAGUCUAUUUGAGAACAGGUAAGGAAGCAGCAGGUUUGACACUAGUGGGGUAAAGAAAGACAUAAUAUACUUGCAUUCACCAUUCUCACUACAAAACCAAUUCAGCUAUCAUGUUGAGGUAAGAGAGCUAGUCUGCCACCACACACUGACAGUACAUUUAAGGCAAAGACCCUAAAGUUCACCCUGAAUUUAACCUCUUGUACCCAUCUUCUGUAAAGCCAUCAUUUACCUCUGCUACUGAAAUACAUGUGUUAGUAGGUUAGGUGAAGGAAAAGCCAUAAAUGUACAGGUUCUAGUUGGAGCUCUGCUACAAACAGUGUCAUAGCCUUUCAGCCAAAGUAACUAGGGAUGUGAAUGUACUUAAAAAAUAACUGACACAUUAAAGCACAGUGCUAAGUCUCCUGCUGUUUAACAAAACUAGAAGUUUUAGAUCCAUGCCCUAGAAUAUACUCUUUUCACUAACCAGGACCCAAAGCAGAAUUUUCAGUAAAAGCCCUUACCUCACAUUGGUUUUCCCUAUGUGAUUAACUGCUCAAACAGAGGUGGGCAAAUUACAGCCCACAGGACCAUCCUGCCUGGCCUCUAAGCUCCCAGCCCCUCCCCUGCAGCUGCACAGCUUGUGCCUACCCACCUCCCAGGCUUUCCAAUAACCCAGUCCUGGCACUCUGAGCAGCAUGGUAAGGGGGUGGGGUUGGAAAAGGAGCAGCAGGUCGUAGGGGGCCUGGAGGCAGGGCUGUGGAUAGGGGCUAGGGCCCAGGGAGUGGGGGGGUUGGAUAGGGGUAGGAGACCCAGCAGGGGGUAGUCAGAGCAAAAAGUAGAAAUGGGGACCAGGCCAGUUGGGGAGGCACAGCCUUCCCUACCCAGCCCUCCAUACCAUUUCUCAACCUCAGUGUGGCUCUCAGGCCAAAAAGUUUGCCCACCCCUGUACUAGAAGCAGAAAUCUUUGGGAUUUGCCUGUAUAGGACUCCAGUACCUGUCACUCAACAUUUUGUGCCUGGCUUUACAAGAGAAAUAGAACUACUCCGUUGCAAGAGCAUUCAUGAGAUUGAGUCUCAUGGAUGUGGGGAAAAAGUUCACACUAGAUUUGGUGGGAGAAAGAGAAUUGCACCUUGACUGAAGCUUCUGCCAGCUUAAAUAGUUUUUCUGGUAGCUGUAGCCCUGUUAAAAAAAAAUUCACAAAAUCACUUCCAAACACCUAACACACUAAAAGAGACCAAUACCCUGCUACCAGGGCUAUAACUUAAUGAGUUGGAAUGAAGAAGAAGUACUGAUUGAUUUGUUUCACAUUUAUAUAUUUUCCUGCAAGAAGUUCUGUUCGGAUUAGCUAAAGCCAGCAGGAAAGUCACCCCUUCACUGAUCAAGAGAGAUAAAUUCCCCUUUGAGAUAUGUUGAUAUUUAAGUGGCUAUUAUUAAAAGCCACAGAGGGAGCUGGGAGAGACUAAGUACAAUGGAACCUCAGAGUUAUGAAGUUACCAAUCAACCACACACCUUAUCUGGAACCAGAAGUACGCAAUCAGGCAGCAGCAGAGAUUUAAAACAAAACAAAACACAGCAAAUACAGUACAGUACUAUAUUAAACUACUAAAAAAAAAAUAAAGGGAAAGCACCAUUUUUCUUCUGCAUAUUAAAGUUUCAAAACUGUAUUAAGUCAAUGUUCAGUUGUAAAUUUUGAAAGAACCACCAUAAUGUUUUGUUCAGAGUUAUGAACAACCUCCAUACUCUGAGGUAUUUUCUACUGUAUAAAAGAAAAACUGGCUACAGUAUCCAUUCCUGAAUGCUGUUUUAAGGCCUCAUACUUGCUGUAUAUGCAAGUACAUGUAGGAAGGCAUCAGAUUAGUUUCAUACCCUGUAAAAUAUACUCUCUGCUAUUGGAACUGACUCCCUGAACACCUCUAAAGUUACAAAUGUAAGUCAAAGUAAAGCUUUAAUUAAAAACUUUAAACGUUUUUAAACCAUUGAUGCUGUGACAGUGCAAACAGCAUACAAUUUAUUGCUCAACUUCUGCAUGGGUACAUUAAGUUUUUAAAAACCAUUUUAUACAGAUGUUUUGUUAAAGCUUAUGUAACGUAUGGCAAUACAAUGAAUAUCAAUGCUAAAAACACUCUGUAAUAAAUAUAAUAGAAAUGAGAAAAUAAAACUCAGUUUGUGGAGGGGAAAUUAUACUUGAGUCUAAACUAAUUACAGCUACAGACAAAGCUUGGGAUGUGGUAGAGUUAAAAACCUACUAUAUAGUGUUAAAUACAACAAAUGGCACCUGUUAACUAUAUGGUGCAGUUUAAAAUCUGAAGCAAUGUGAGCAUGGUACAUUAAGCUGUAUGAUGCAUACUUAUGAUAUAGAAGCAAAGCUUUUACUUCCAUCAAUGCAGCCAGUUUAAACGCACCAGAAGUUUCAUACAGAUGUAGUGUUGUAGAACAAAAAUACAAAAGGAAAACUUGUGUGCUCUGGACUCUAGUAUAACAACAAAGAAUGGUAAAAAUAAAUCAGUUUAGGGAAGCUGAAUCUAUGUGCAAAAAAAAUUAGAAUACAUACUGUACAAAGCACCAUUACAAAACUCUUUACAGCGAGACAUUAAAUCCUCAAACUCAACUACGUGCUGUAUAUUUGAAAUCACUGUUCAUAAUUAAACAUUCAUAAUGAAAAGCAACAGCAUGAAACAUGAUGCAGCAUUUCUCUAAAACAACUUUAUGCAACUAAAGAAUGGAUAAAGUAAAACUCAGUAAGGACAAGCUGAAAUAAAUAUUCACAUUAAUCAUGGGGUGAAAGUCCAAGGUUCAAUGCAACAGAGGGCUUAGCACCUGUUUGAGGGAAAGCGGCUGACAUGAUUUUGGAACUAAACUUUCAUGGGUGAAUACUUCUGCAAAAUGUAUCAGAAAACUUCUGGCCAGUUGGGGUGCUUUAUUUAAAGCUCUUAGUUGUUAUGAAGGUAAAAAGGCACUCCAGAUACUUGAUAUAAUCCUCAUAACUGGUCAAAUAUGUAGAAAUAUUAAUUUUGUCUAUUCAUGUCCAUAAUAUUUUAAGAAAGUUAGAUUUUACAACAUUAAACUGGUGGUACUAGAGGGAUUAUCAACACCAAAAUGCCUAGCAGGAAAGCAGUGCACCUACAGCUAAAGCUGCUGUGAAACGUCAAACAUUGGGUUAGGGUUUUUUUGGUUUUGUUUUGUGUGCAAAUUCCAGUAAACCCUUACAUUGGACUCAAUAUCUCAAACCUAUAGGAGGUUAGGAUAGGGGCCAGCUACAGCUGUGUGUUCUGGCUGUUUAGUGCAGGGAGUAGACUACAGUGGGGAGGGAGAUGCAUACCUGAAGCAGCAGAGAGAUCAGCAGAGGCUGGAUGCCAUCAAGAGACCUUGUACAGUGGCAGCUCAGAAGAGGCACUGAGCUGCAGCAGUCAAAUCUGGGGAUACAGUGUUUGUGCUCGGUAUCCCCAGGCUGGGUCCUCUAGUGUAACAGAUCUGCAUUGCCCCUCCCCAAGGAGUAACUUGGAUGAGGCCUUGUUCUGUUCAUACACCACAGGGAAGAGCUGCUUGAAGGAUCAGGUGAGUCACAUGGGAUGAGACUUGUCUGUGGAAAAAAUCCCAGCCAUGCCUUGGGCAGGAACAGAACAGAAACAGCCAUCUCCCCCAGAGAGUGGUGCUGUCAAUAGACCAUUCCUUCUGGAUGAAGAAUGUAGUGAGACCAUCUCAGCAGGCUUGCACACCAAGGCCUUGCAAGUCACUAAUGAAGUUUCCAGCCUGUGAAGUGACAAAAGAACCCUGUCUCUAGAGAGCAAUCCAUCUCACGACCCUCUGAGUUUGGGAAGGUCUCUUAGAGACAGUGUUACCACUCAACUGGACUGAGGUCAGCACAGAGCCGCAAGCCCUCCAAAUGAGGAAAAAGGUCUGGCAGACUGCAACCCCAGCUGCCAAAGUUGAUCUCUUGGCUGCUUCAGGUGUGCAUCAACAAGCAACUAACCUCUCCACUAUGCAUGAGCCCAGAUUGGUAUGUUUUGCUAGAUGCUGCUUGUUCUAGCAAUCAUACUAUUGAAGAAAAUAAGUGAAAAUGUGGAUUUGGGCUACCAAUGAUGGUAUGAUCUCAUUAUGACUGCUCUCAAAUAGACAUACUAUUAGGCUAUUACCAGUCAUUCUAAUGAAUACAGUCCAUUAUUAGCUUACGUGCUGUAGCAGUCAGAUUUGGCAGAAUGAAUUUAUAUGUUGACAUUCACAAACUACAUAGAAUAGACAAGACAAAAAAAAAAUCACUAGUUCAUUAUAUAACUUAUGCUGCGAAAGGAAGUAGUUGUUUACAUCCCAUUGUCUUAGUAAGUUCAAGACUCGUUUCUCACCAAUGUAAAAAUAGUGCAGAUUUCCGAUGAUUAAUUAUGAUCCAAGCUUUAAAAAAAACCCAACAUUGAUUAGAAAAAUUUGAAAUUCCCUCCAAAUGUUGCUGCCCUCAUUACUGUGCGAGAGGACAGGCAAAAUGCCAGUUGUAUAUUACCGAUCAUGCAGAAGAAUGCUGCUAUAAAAAAUGUGCAGUGAGUAGCCUAACUUCUCCAUACCCCAAAAAGACAGCAUGCUGACCUCACAGUAGGAUGCUCAUUUGAACAGCCCAGGAUUCCCUCCAUUGGUAGUGCAUUAUGUUCCCAUUUGAACUGACCAACCCACAUUUUAACUCUUACAUAUAUUUACUCUCAUCCCUACAACCAGUGACAAUGUUGUGCUUUAACCACCUCAUUUUCAAAGCACAUCACAUCAUGCGUGUUUGUUAAUAGAAGAGCUUUUGCAAUUUGAGUUAGUUACUUUUCCUUCGCUGUAAAACCCACAUGACAUGAGCAGCCAAACAAAGGUUAAAUGUGGUUUACCUGAUAAGUCUUUAAGCAUCAACAAGUACAGAAUGUGAAUUGGCUGCAUUUCAACAUAAAAAGCUUUGGUUGAUCAGAUAGAUACAGUGGGUUCUGAAACAUGAACUGAUGACCAGGCAGAAGUCUGUCAACGUCACCUCAUCAGCAUGCUUUAAGAAUUUUUUUUAAAAUGUAGCAUUUGUUUUAAAUUGAAAGCAAACCAAAAAUACUCUUGACAAUAUCAACUUGUUACAAAAACGCUUGUUUUAAAAAAAAAAAAACAAAAUGACUAAUGCUCUUUAAAAAAGGACUAUUCCACAUUUAACACAAAGUACUGUACCAAAUGCAGUAUUUCACUCAGACUAGGAAUCUGACAACUGAUAGAAACAGGACCCAGAACGUCAUGUCUGUAAUUUGUGCUUGAAAAAUAUAAAAAGCCCAAUUCUGGGUAACGUUUAAGUUGAACAUAUAAUGCAGAAUAUAAUAUUUCACUAUAAGAAAAUGCAGUUAACAUGUAAGUGGCUGUAAUUAAAAAGGUUAAUGAUUCUUUUAGCCAAUUUUAUGCAAAGUUAGAAUAAUCCAAAAUUUUUUUUUUUUUUUUUUUUUUAAAUAGCAGGUAUAGACGCUGUUCAGUAUAUUUACUUGGGCUGAAACGUGAUUUGUACCGACUGCUGAAGUUGUGUCUUCUUGUCUGUGAGAAUAGAAAUCAGGUGGGCAAAUAGAACAAAUUACCUUUUACAAAAAUAGUAGUAGUCUUUAAGGGUAGAAUACUGCUUAACUGUCAAAAUGUAGUAACAGUCAGCAUUCUGUAUGGUCAAGAUAUUAGUUUUUAAUAGCAGCUGAAUGGUUCUGUGGCAAUAGCCACAGAACCUAUUUUCUUGAAGAAAAAAAAAUUUCCAAAAUUGUCCUUUCCCUCACAGUGUUCUUGAGUAAAAGAGGAAAAGCAUUCCUGUAUUUCAAGCAUUUCUUGAGUCUUGGCUGAGGGGAGGGCUUUCUGGCUGACAGGAGUAUAAAUAGAAUCUCAGGUAAGUCUGCAAAGGGUCAUUCCACAGCAAACCCACAUGUUUCUUCAAUGGCGGUUAGCAGCUUCUCAUACAGCUUGUCAUAGCUUUCAUAGGGAGGAAUGUCUAUUCGAUUAAAGCUGUUAACAAAAAACGAAAGCUCUUUAGAACAAGUUUCAACUCUACCGAGAAAUCCAAGAUGGACGCAGUUCUGUUGCACUACAACUGCAUUUAACAUUCUUGAAACACUCUGGUGAUAAGAUUGCAACUUCUUGUGUUAUAUCACUAAAUUACAUUAUGAUGGCCAACACAAUGACAUUGAUAUAAACAAAACCAGACUAUUCCCUAUUGCCAUAAUACAUGGAAUUCUUUACCAAGUAGAAAAAUGAUCAGGAGAGGAGAAAUAAAUGACAGUUGAUAAUCUAGAUGUGCUGUAUCAGUGGACGUGUCCAUUUACCAAAACGCCAAUAUUUCCAUGGAGGGGUGAAAACGUAACAUGGUCUUACCAGGUAUGAGCUUUCGGCAAGUUAUUAGUGCUGGCAUCAAUCUGGUGUAUUGUAAAUAGCCUGGGCCCCGCAGCACCUGCAAAUCCAGUAAAGAUGAAUUCUCUAGCACAACAAUUUAACCCCCAAACUACUAUCCUGUAACUGUUAAGAAGGCAGAGUGAGAAGUAAAUAAGCAGGGGAGACAGACGAGCCAUGUACUAAGGAAAUGAAAACAGUAUAAUACUGUGGCAGGGAGGGAGAGAACACACAGAACAGCAAACGGAAAAGCUGUCUCUCCACAUUUCCCCUUCAGACAGAAGUUUGGUUUUCUUCACACAUGCACAACACUAAGACUGUUUAAGCCAGUGAAAGAUACACAAAAACUAACAGUACAAAUGUAAAUCUGUGUUGCACUAAGGUAAUACAGUAGAGCCUGAUCCACACACAGUUUUUAUACAGGUAUCACUAUUUCAGGUAGGGGUGUGAUUUUUUUAAAACACAUACAACCCAUAGCGUGGUUGAAUUCAUACCACUAUAGCUGAUUUCUCCUCAUACCAGAAUAAUCUACAUUGGUGUAAGCACAUUUAUACCUGUAUAAGCAGCAUCCACAUCAGGGUCACAUUUACAGGGGUAUGAUUUGUGAUCAAGACAGCUGUGAUUGCAAAAGCCCCUAGCAUAGUAUAUUAGCAAAAGCACAAGUUAUUACCUUACAGUAACUGGAGUUCUUAGAGAUGUUUUGUCCCAUGGAUAUUCCAUCAUAGGAUCAAGUAUCAGAGGGGUAACCGUGUUAGUCUGUAGCCACAAAAACAACGAGGAGUCCGGUGGCACCUUAAAGACGAACAGAUUUAUUUGGGCAUAAGCUUUUGUGGGUAAAAAAACCACUUUAUCUGAAGUGGGGGUUUUUAUCCACGAAAACUUAUGCCCAAAUAAAUCUGUUCGUCUUUAAGGUGCCACCGGAUUCCUCGUUCUUUCCAUCAUAGGAUGUGCACGCACCUAUACACUCUUGAUCAGUAAUUUUAGUUAGCAGUGCCUGUGGGUCCGUGCCUACACUCUACACAUCCUUGUCAUCUGGUGUGAGAGUAUAGGGGGAGGGUGGACCCGCCCCUGCUCCAGUUCCUUUUCAGACUGGAAGCACAGGAAGAUUCCACAGCAGAGAAGAAGAAAGGCAGGAGGUGGAGCACCCAUAGGGACAACACAUCUCAACUUCCAGUUACUGUACAGGUAAGUAACCUCUCCUUUGAGUUAUUGUCCCUAUGGUUGCUCCACAGUAGGAGACUCCCAAGCAGUGUCUUGACAUGGAGGCGGAUCUCAGCACAGCUCUGAAGACAGUGUUGCUCUAGGUUGUCUCUGACCUGGAAGUAGAUUGGCUAGCAUAGUGCCCAGAAAACAUGUGAACACAAGACCAGGUUGCUGCUCUGCAGUUGUCCAUGAUGGGUUUGUCUUUAAGAAGGGCUAUAAAGCUGGACUGGGCCUGUUGGAAUGAGCAGUCCAUCUAGGAGGAGGAUGCACUCCUGCAGCUUUGUAACAAACUAGAAUGCAUCAGAAACCCACUUACACAGUCUGAGCGGAAAUUGGCUGUCCAUUCUCUUGGCAAAGGAGAUCAAGACCCUGAAGGGAAAACCCUGAAAUAUCUUGUUCUGCCUAGGUAAGAGGCAAUGGCCCUUCUUACAUCCAAGGUAUGGAGGCUAGCUUCCUCUGUCAAGGAAUGAGGCUUGGGGUAAAACACUGGUAGUCAGACGUCCUAAGUGAAAUGGAAUUCUAAAGAGACCUUAGGUAGGAAAUGAGGAUGGGGGCGAAAGGUCACCUUGUCAUGGCAAAAUGUAAGUAGAGAAGGUCAGCCAUGAGUGCUCUUAACUCCCCUACCUGUCUGGCAAAGUUACGGCUACUAGGAACAAAGUCCUGAAGACAGGUAGACAGCUGGGCUCAUUAAGGCAUUGAGAAGCAGAUUAAGGUCCCAUGAUGGUGCAGACUCCUUAACAUGAUGAAACAGAUAAAACAAACCCUUAUGGAAUGUGGCUGAGGUAGAAACAGAAAAUCCUUUGACUGGUGGAUGAAAGACUCUAAUAGCAGCCAGGUAACCCGUCAUGGAGUUCAGUGAUAACCUUGUAUGUUUCAAUUCAGGUAACCAAGUAUGUCUGUGAGGAGAGAUUCAGAAGGGGAUAUGGAUCGAUGGGUACGCUAGACUUGGAAGUGCCUCCACUUUUGCAGAUAGAUUUUCCUUGUACUUGGUUUCCUACUGCUCAGGAGUAUGAACUGAACUUCGGGAGAGCAGCCCAAUUCUAUGCUUGAGAACUAUCGAGGUGCAGAGAUAAGAAACUGGGGUGCAUUGUGGUGACCGAGUCCAGUGUCAGGAGUUCUGUAAGAGGAAGGCGAAGAGACAUUCACACAGAGAUGAAGCAGCUCUGGGAAUCACACUUGUCUUGACCAGGAUGGUGCUAUCAAGAUGGAGAAACUGAAAGCUACAGCUUGUUCUUCUAAGUGCCUUGUUUCAAUGGUGCAGAGGGCAGCUAUACAAGAGAUUAUGGGCAGGCCUUCACUACCCGCCAGAUCGGCGGGUAGUGAUCGAUCUAUCGGGGAACAAUUUAUCAUGUCUCGUCUAGACAUGAUAAAUCGAUCCCCGAACGCGCUCCCCAUUGAUUCCGGAACUCCAGCUCCUGAGAGGCAGAAGUGAAGUUGACGGGGGAGCAGCAGUGGUCGACUUGCCGCCGUCCUCGUGGGCAGGUAAGCUAUUCGCGUAGCUGAAGUUGCGUAUCUUAGGUCGACACCGCCCCCAGUGUAGACCAGGGCUAUGAGGCUAAGGGAAGAAUAGGGAGUUCCCUAUGGAGUUGUGACUGUACCCCCUCCUCCCCACUCCACAAGCAGAAUUGUUGGCAUUUUGCACUGGCCGGUGUUGGAGAGAUCCAGCUCUGGAAGGCCCCAGGACUGGCAAAUAAGCUGAAAGACCAAGUUGCUGAGUCCCCUCUCAUGGUUUUGAAAGUGUCUGCUCAGAGAAUUUGCAACAGCGUUUUGCAGUCUUGGAAGGUAGACUGUUGUCUGUGCAGUGGGAUAUGCACUAGUUCUGCAGUCUUAGUGAUUCUGUGCAUAAGGAUUAGGAUCUUGCUCCCCCUUGACAAUUUAUGUAGUAUAUUCCCACUCCAUUGUCCAGCAUUACCUUGACUGAGUUAUCCUCCCGGCUGCAAAGAAUGUAUUGGCAUGCGUAGCGAACUACACAGAGUUCAAAAAACGUUACUAUGGAGAGAUUCUUCUUGAGGAGUCCAUUUACCCUGGGCUUUGGUGCCUUGGAGAUGGGCAACCCAACCCAGCAGGGAGGCAUAUGUAGAGAUAACCCUUGAUGGGUGCAGCCAUGAAAAUGGAACUCCCAUACUAACUGUGAAAGGAUCCUUCUACCAGUUGAUGGAGUCAAGAAUGCUGUGGUAAAGAUCACUCGCUUGGAAAGACUUUGUUGGGGGUUUUAACAGUCCACCAAAAGGAGUAGUCUUGCAUAGGAUGUCACAAACAUGUAGGCUGAUGUGUGGCCUAAGAACUGCAGGCAAGCACUUGCUAUGGAUUGUGGGAUCUACUGUAGCAUGGAGAUAAGGAAGGCCAUUGGGGUUAACCUGUACAUAGGUAAGUAGGUUGAGAAGUGCAGAGGGGCUCCACUGAAGUCUAUGCUCUUUAUCAGCACUAGAGUAGAUUUUACCAACUCUAGACAAAGGCCCAGCGAGGUGAAAUGAGACAUGGGCCUUGUUGGUCAUUGGCUGGACCUUGAGGAAGAAGUGACCCUUGAGCCAACUGUCCAGAUAGGGAAAGACAGUUAUUCCCCAAUAAUGCAUGUGAGCUGCGACAGAGUGGACCUUUAUACAGAUUUUUUUGAAGCAUCUGAAAGGCUGAAGGGGAAGACAGGAUACUAGUAAUUCUCUGUGCUAAUGACUAACUGUAGGAAGGGUCUGUGAGACAGGUGUAUAGCUAUAUGAAAGUGUGACAAAGCGGUCCCUGGGAUCUAAAGGAUGGAAUUAUUGUUGCUAGAGUAGUCAUCCUGAAAUGCUGCAAAAGGAUAAAGGUAUUCAGAGUCCUGAGGUCUUGGACCAGCUUCCAUCCUCUUUCCUUUUGGGAACCAGGAAGUACCUGAAUUAGAAUCCUCUUCCAGUGAAUUCGGGGUAACUGUCUCAAUCACCCCUAAGAGCAAAAAAGAUUGAAACCACCUGUAGGAUCGAUCUGUCUGAUGCGAUGAGCUCCCAGGCAGGUUGAAAAUGAGAGAUGGUCCCCAAAAGGUGAGUGUAAAGUAGUUUCAUGCAACAUGAGAUCCAGAGAAGGCAGCAGUUCAUGACCUAGCUGUCAAAAUGGCUUUUUGGAAGAUGAUGCAGACUGGGAGGUCACCAUCAAGGAAGGCCUCUUCUUGUAAGAUCUGGACCUCUUUCUGGAGGGUUCUGCAGGUCUGUAUAGGUCUGGUAUUGAAAAAGUCAAGAAUGCUAAGCAAUCAGAUUUGGUAAGUCAUUUCUUUGUGGAAGGCGUAUAGAUCCCCACGGUUCCGAGCAGGAGAUCAAAGCAACAGCAAACAUUCAUGUCAUCCAGGACAGGACCAUCCUCUUCCUUUCCUUAUGCAACACCACAGUGGGCUUUCUAGAGGGUACCCUAUAAUACUGGUCACUCUACAGAGUCUAUGUGUUCCAAAAAGUCCACUGUAGUGGUGUAUAAGCAAAGGAAGAGGAUGAUCCUGCCAGGGAUGACAUGAAUGUCUGCUGUUUCCGUGAUCUCCUCCUUGGGAAAUAUCUCCAGAGGGUGGUUAGAAUGGAAAGAAUGGUAGAAUCCUAGACUGAAACCUCUGACUCUGAGGAGUUAUCCUCUCCUGUGUCCAAUGGAGAGUCCCAAGCAUAGGUAUGGUGGGGCUGGAUAGUUACUGGGGGUUCAUAGGGGCUGGUACCGGAGGUCAAGAUUGUGUGCUGGGAUCCAGGAUAUCAGAAGGAAGCUCUGGUUGUGAAUGGUACUGGGGAGGGAUCCCUCUGGGUAUUCCUUAGGAGGGGAGACCCUGGCUUUUCUGUAACUAAGAAGUCUUCAUGGGAGAGAAAACUGGACAGUGCUCAAUAGGAACCUGAGAUGGUACCUGGGACUGUGCAAAAGUAUGGUCCAUGAACUCCAAGAGUACACUACAGAGGUAAAGUCCCUGUAUUCUUUGUGGCAGUGUCCAGAGGAGGGCAGUACCAAAGCAUAGCUGAACAAGGCUUCUUAGGAAUGCCUGUUCCUGGAGAAGUCAUUGUGUCUGGAGGUCUCCAGUUCCCUGGCCAACUAUGGAGGUGCUUGGUGCAGUUUGUUAGAAGACUUCUUAGCAUGAGGCAUAAGAGAAGUUUUUUUUGGUGGGUACUGGUAGCUUGGUACCCGGGGUGGGGUGUCACAGAAGCCUCAGCAGUACCCAUACCAGUCAUCUUGCUCUCUGUCCUAAGAGGUAACUUGGAGACUCUCCCCAGGGAAUGAAUUUUCUAUGUCUUAAGAGUGCUUCAGUUCUGAAGCUGCUCCAUGGUCUCUGGAAGUCACUGCUGCAGCCUGAGUGACUAAGGCCGUUGUGCCGGGGAGGAGAGUCAAAUCCUGCAGGUUUCAGACAGCAGAGCACUCCAUCCCAUCCUCCCUCAGCUUGCGAAAUCUGCUUUGAAAUCCAGUGCAGACCUUGCACUUAGAGUGGACAUGGGACUCUACUCUGAGACAGAUGGAAUGUCCCUCACUGUGGGGAGGAAGAAGACCUGUGGCAGGCCUGGCAGGGUUUGAAGUCCAGGGCCUUUGGCAUAACCCAAGCAGGAGGCUGCAGACAACAACAGCUGAGGGCUGGAAGGUCCUAACUGCAAAGAAAGGCAGCCAGGGUUCAGGCCUCCUGAAGCACCAACUUCGGCUACGACAAAUAGAAAACAAAUAAAAUAAGGAAUACAUAAAUAAAAUACUUAUUUUCUUAAGAAGGCAGUAAUGGAGAAGCUAACAGCACACUCUCCUAUGCUUUGUUUCAAGCCAGGGGCAGCUGAGAAGUAACUGGAGCCUUGGCGGGUCCACCCCUCCCUAUAUACCUUGCACCAGAGGACAAGGAUGUAUAGAGCACACUGUUAACUAAAAUCUACAAUCGAGAGUGCACCAGCGCACGCGCAGCCUACGGCGAAUGCACCCGUAGGAACAACAACUUGAAGAACUGCACCGCUACCAGUGCAGCUUACUUCACUCCGGGUGAUGACUGAACAAGUUAUAUCACUAAAAGCUACAGCUUUGCCAGUAUUAGCUGCAUCCAUGUUAGCAGCUCUUUUAUCAGUAUAGUACACUUGUAUAGCUAUGCUGGGAGACUGCUUCUACUGUAGAUUUGACCUCAGGGGUUGUACAACUACAACUAUACCAAAAUAGCUAAAGUGGUACAACUUCUGUGAUAGCCAAGGCCCCACUGGGCACUGGUGGUUGUAUGGCCCUUCCCAGACACUAGGGUCCAGUAUGUGCUGCAAAAUUCUAGCUCAUGUUAAGGAUUUAACACGCAGGUUAAGUUAGCCAUGGCAGUAAUAGGGGUCACUAACAGAACAUUAAACAAGGCAAGUAUCUAGUGGGUAAUACAGUGAGUUAAUCAUAGGAAAGAAAGCACCUAAAUGAGUAUGGGGCUGCCACCUCUGCUUAUGCUUUUCAUGUUGCCAUUUAAAUAUGCAACAUAGUGUAGAGCUCCUCCAAUAUGCAUUAGCACUCAGUGGAGUACUGCAUUCUGCUAACAGGUACUAAAGCCCAUUAAUGAAACCUUAGUACUGCAGGGGAUCUAUGCCAUCUUAGGAACCCAAAAGACUACAUAGGCCCUAUGUGAGUGAGAAGGCUGGGUGGGGAUAUUUGGUUUCCAGAACCCCUGGCUUUUGUAAAUGGCAACUGGCAAUCACAAGGUUUUUGCUCAGUUGGAAUCCAGCCUUUCUACCAGUAAAGAAAAUACUUCUA